AGAAAUUGUAAUCGGGAGAGCCGGGGCGGGCGGACCGGACCGGGACAGACAGAGCAAGCGGACUGAGGGACAGACGGACGGACUGUGCGGACCUGGGGGCGGGCGCGGCCCAGCAAGGACGAGAUGGGGGAGAAGGAGAGGGGGCACGCGGCGCCCCUGAGGGCGGGGAGGCCGUGAGGCGGUGCGCCCACGGAGGAGGCGCUGACAACCCCCACUGGCCGGGCCCCGGGAGAGAGACCCCCGGGCCGGGGAGGCGGGGAGAGGCGGGGGCGGGGGUAGGAGGGAAGCCCCCCCUCCGUCCGAGGGGAGGAGACUGUCGCAUUGGUCUCUCCUCGGCCCCCCCGGGGGUGGGAAGGGCGACAGGCGAGGGGGGGGGCGCGGGGAGACCAACGAGGCCCUGCGCCCCCCCCAGUGCCACCUCCGCGGGCCGCCCUGGAGCCCCGGGGCCGCGGAGCCCCCUAGCCCGGCAGGCGGAAUGUGGAAGGGGGGCCGGGAGCUCAGGGGGAGGCCCAAAGGAAGCGGAGCCACCGGGCCCCCCGCCGCCCGCGCGGAGCAUGAACAUUGAGGAUGGCGCGCGCCCGCGGCUCCCCGCGCCCCCCGCGGCCGCCCGGUAGGAUGUCGUGGCCCCGCGGGGCGCUGCUCUUCCUGUGGCUCUUCUCCCCGCCCCUGGGCGCCGGCGGGGGCGGCGUGGCCCUGAGCGCCGCCGCCGCCGGGGGCGCCCCGCCCGCCACCUCCUGCCCCGCCGCCUGCUCGUGCAGCAACCAGGCGAGCCGGGUGAUCUGCACGCGCCGGGAGCUGGCCGAGGUGCCCGCCAGCAUCCCCGUCAACACGCGCUACCUGAACCUGCAGGAGAACGGCAUCCAGGUGAUUCGGACGGACACCUUCAAGCACCUGCGGCACCUGGAGAUCCUGCAGCUGAGCAAGAACCUCGUGCGCAAGAUCGAGGUGGGCGCCUUCAACGGGCUGCCCAGCCUCAACACGCUGGAGCUGUUCGACAACCGGCUGACCACGGUGCCCACGCAGGCCUUUGAGUACCUGUCCAAGCUGCGGGAGCUCUGGCUUCGCAACAACCCCAUCGAGAGCAUCCCCUCGUACGCCUUCAACCGCGUGCCCUCGCUGCGGCGCCUGGACCUGGGCGAGCUCAAGCGGCUGGAGUACAUCUCGGAGGCGGCCUUCGAGGGCCUGGUCAACCUGCGCUACCUCAACCUGGGCAUGUGCAACCUCAAGGACAUCCCCAACCUGACGGCACUCGUGCGCCUGGAGGAGCUGGAGCUGUCGGGCAACCGGCUGGACCUCAUCCGGCCCGGCUCCUUCCAGGGUCUCAGCAGCCUGCGGAAACUCUGGCUCAUGCAUGCGCAGGUGGCCACCAUCGAGCGCAACGCCUUCGAUGACCUCAAGUCGCUGGAGGAGCUCAACCUGUCCCACAACAACCUGAUGUCGUUGCCCCACGACCUCUUCACGCCCCUGCACCGCCUCGAGCGCGUGCACCUCAACCACAACCCCUGGCACUGCAACUGCGACGUGCUCUGGCUGAGCUGGUGGCUCAAGGAGACGGUGCCCAGCAACACGACGUGCUGUGCCCGCUGCCACGCGCCCGCUGGCCUCAAGGGCCGCUACAUCGGCGAGCUGGACCAAUCUCACUUCACCUGCUACGCACCCGUCAUCGUGGAGCCACCCACGGACCUCAAUGUCACCGAGGGCAUGGCCGCCGAGCUCAAGUGCCGCACGGGCACCUCCAUGACAUCCGUCAACUGGCUGACCCCCAACGGCACCCUCAUGACACACGGCUCCUACCGCGUGCGCAUCUCUGUCCUGCACGACGGCACGCUCAACUUCACCAACGUCACCGUGCAGGACACGGGCCAGUACACGUGCAUGGUGACCAACUCAGCCGGCAACACCACGGCCUCGGCCACGCUCAACGUCUCAGCCGUCGACCCCGUGGUGGCCGGCGGGGCGGGGGGCCCUGGGGGAGGACCCGGCGGCCCCAGUGGUGGCGGCAGCGGCGGCUACACCUACUUCACCACCGUGACGGUGGAGACACUGGAGACGCAGCCAGGAGAGGAGGCUCUGCAGCCACGGGGUACGGAGAAAGAGCCCCCAGGACCCACCACGGAUGGCGCCUGGGGCGGCGGGCGGCCAGGAGAGGCGGCAGGCGCGGCUGCUUCGUCCACCACGGCGCCGGCCCUGCGCUCCUCCCGGCCCACCGAGAAGCCGUUCACGGUGCCCAUCACGGACGUGACGGAGAAUGCGCUCAAGGACCUGGACGACGUAAUGAAGACCACCAAGAUCAUCAUCGGCUGCUUCGUGGCCAUCACCUUCAUGGCCGCCGUCAUGCUCGUGGCCUUCUACAAGCUGCGCAAACAGCACCAGCUCCACAAGCACCACGGGCCCACGCGCACCGUGGAGAUCAUCAACGUGGAGGACGAGCUGCCCGCCGCCUCGGCUGUGUCGGUGGCUGCGGCGGCCGCGGCGGCUGGCGGGGCCGGUGUGGGCGGGGACAGUCACCUGGCCCUGCCCGCCCUGGAGCGCGAGCACCUGAACCACCACCACUACGUGGCGGCCGCCUUCAAGGCGCACUACAGCAACCCGGGCGGCGGCGGGGCCAAGGGCCCAGGGGGCCUCAACUCCAUCCACGAACCUUUGCUCUUCAAGAGCGGCUCCAAGGAGAACGUGCAAGAGACGCAGAUCUGAGGGGCCCCGGAGCCUGCCCCGUCCCACCCCGCGCGCCCCAACGCCUGCCAGGGCCGAGGGCGCUGGGGCAGAGUCCCCAGGUGUCAGCCUGGACAGACACAGGGACUCAGGACCCCCAUGCCACUCCGGGCUCCCCGCCAGCCCGGGGUGAAAGGAGCUUUGUCGAGGGGAACCCUCACCCCUCACCCCAACCACCUCCUUCUCUGACGGUUCAUUUUUUGCAGUUUGACGCCUGUUCCUCCCCCCUCCCCUUCCGCCUCACCCCCAAGAGACAGCCAAGCCCCCCCAAUGCCCCUGCCCAAGGCACUGAGCCCCCUCUGGCUGCCCCGUCCCAGCCCUCACCUACCCCCCCAGACUCUUUUGAUACUGAAGGGAGGUUCGCGUCGACAACUACCUGCUCUGUAAUUACUUUAAAAAAACAUGGAAAAAGUAAAAAAAUAUUUUUUUUUUUGGUCAUGGAAAGGA